AUGGAACUGCAGUUGGACAGGGCUUUCAGUCGGUUUUCCUCUAGAGACGUGCACCGCUACAAAUCAUACGUUAAACAAUACCUCGAAUGGUGUCGAGAAAGGGGCCUAGACGUCGAAUCGUGCAGCGCGGCGGAGCUCUGGGGUAGUGCGCGGCGGUUGCACUGGUUUUUGCAGUCGAAAUGGGGCUCGGGCAUUGAGAGCGUCGCGGAAAUGAAAUCGGUGGUGAACUGCAUACAGCUGCUGGGAAGGGAGCUGGCGACAGGCGCGCAGUUGGAUAAGGCGUAUAUCGAUAAUGUGGUGCGGCUGCACGAGUGCACUUCGGUGCUGCAUGAAAACGGCGCGCUGCGGGGGCAGUUCGAGAAAAUCUGCGUGAACGUGUGGAACGUGAGGACGCCCUCACUCAAGGAAAAGUACUUCAAGACGUGUCUGGACAAGGUCAAGUGGCUACUGGACUACCAGCUUAACUACUACACAAAUGCGGCUCUGGACGAGAGAAAGACAUGGGUGCUCAAGGACUUUGAGGUGGCCGAGGAGGCGGUCCUGGUGGUGCGGAGGCGGUGGGCCGUGUUGCCGCAGCCGCACCCGCUCUUCUGCCCGCUCUUCACGUUGGCGGUGUACCUGCACCUGCGGUUCUACGGCGUCAAGAAGCAGUAUCGAGGAGACGGCUUUCCGGACUUGUCUCGUCCAGACCUGUGGGAAGAGCUGCCCAUAAUUAGGGGGAAGUCGUUGACGAAGUUCCCGCGGGUGGAAACGCUAGGAAACUAUUAUCCUGCCGUUUUCCAGUAUUGUCAGCUGCCCUACAAGAAGCGGUUGUACUUCCAAGGUCGGCUGGAGGAGCCGGUGUUUCCAGCCAUGAACGACGACGCGUCUGGGCUGGAUGAGCAGUACUUCGUGAAAGGCGUGGGACGCGAUUUUAUUCUCGGAAUGAACAGAUACAGGCUGCAAGACAAAUUCCCGUCGAUCGAAAUACCCGAUGAUCCAGUCUUGUAUGAGCUAUUUCCUGAUUUGGACAGAUUCGAGACUGAACAAACAGCGCGGCCUUUUGUACAGAUGAUGAUACUUCUUCGAAAGGUGAUGUUCCGCUCGUUGCCAGUUUUGUACUCGUGCUUCCCGGAGCACGACCUCUUCCAAGACCCCAUAUUCAAAAAGCCACAAUUCAUCGCCUACCUCAACGCCGCCGAUUCUUUGUGUGAUGUGAGCGUCCCGCUGCACUUACUGGUGGAGCCGCCUUCUACAACGCAUGCUACAGCCUCCGCGGCCCCAGCAGUGACCCAAACGUCCGCUCCCGCGGCGCCCAACGGAUCCGUGGCACCAGUGCAGCAGGCUGCCAACCCUCCUGACGCAGACCUGCGCAAAGACACGCUGCAGUUCGUGAAGGACCAGACACUCUCAAACUUCACAAUACUGAUUCAACUACUCUCGAAGCUCUUCGAGAAAGUUGAAACCCGCAAGUCCAACAAACUCAUGAUCCGGUCGGAGCUUGACGCCCUCCACUCAACGUUGAAACGCAAGAUCAGUUCGCUGGACGCGCUACCCGCGGCCCCGCACGACGACGAGCGGCCCACCAAGAAGCAUAAGUCCUCCUCUCCCCAGGACAUUUCUAACCUGUCCGACCUCGAUGACCAAAGCGCAGGCGACGACGAGCCCGACGACGUCGAGGAGCUUCAGCAGCUCGUCCAGCAGCUCGUCCAGCGCCAGGUCACGCAGGCCUCACAAUAUAUACUCGAUAAGGUUCGCAGCGAUAUCCGUGACAUCAUCCGCGAAGAGCUUGCCUCGCUCGGGCGCGCCUACCCAUCACCAGCCGCGGACCCGAAGCCUGCCCCCGCAGAACCCCCGUCCCAUAAAGGCCCGCCUGUCUUCCGCCUGCAGUCUGACCUUGCCACUAUCGAGGAGAUUAUCCUGGAGUGGUUCACCCCAAAUCCGUCCUUUGACGGCGAAUGCGUACACUCUAUGAAUAAAAAGUAUGGGAAGGCUUGGAGGACUAACUCUGGACAAGAGCCCAUCUACAAAUCCCGGAAGGUCAUCGUGGAAUUCUACAUACACCUGGUGAAUGAUCUCGGGAUAGAUCGCCACGAUGCAGUCGACCACUGUGAACGGCUAAAGGCCUCCCAGACUCCCCUAGAGUUCAGUCAGUGGUUAAAGACUUACAAGCAGACGCACGGUAACUGCUUUCCGAAUAUCACUUAG